GUCCACCUGGACGUCAGCAGCAACUGCGUCAGCGAGCGCGCCAAGCCCCGUGUGGCCAAGGCCUGGCAGGAGGCCGGCAAGCCCCUGGAGCGGAGGUCGGGGUGGCUCCGCAGCGCGCUCGGCCUCUGGCUGUGACCCGAGGCUCCGCGCCUGCCGCUUCCUCCGAGCAGGGCCGCACGGCCGCCUCAGCUCGGCGGGCCCGCAGCCGGCGGGCGGGCCCCGCGCCCCGGCCUGGCGGCGCGCGCGCUCCGCAGUGGCAGCGGGGCGGCGAAGAGGGCCGCCCCGCCGUCGCCGCCCUGCCCGGAGCUCCGAGGAGGGCCGGUCGAGCUGCCGUCGUCUCGGAUCGCCCUCCGCCUCGGCCUGGGCGUGCCCGGCCGGGCAGCUCCGCCACGGCGCGGGCGGGCUGCACGCCGGUGUGGCCGUGUGGCCGCGUGGCCACCCUCGAGCCGCAGAGCGCAGGCCGACGGCCGCAGCGCUCGCGCGGGGUGGGCAGUGCAGGGCAGGAAGGCGUGCGCGUGUUGCAGCGCCUCUGCACGCGGCGCUGCCCUCUCUCUUUUCCACUUCCACUUCCCCUCCAUCCGAGGUUCCGCCUCGUCCCUUCCUCCGGAGCUCUCGCGAUACCCCUCGUGCAUGCGCUCCGCCCCACGGUGGUGCGCGCCUCGGCCGCGCCCCUUCCUCGUCGGCGCGAGCGUGCCCCGCCGUCCGGCUUUGA